CUUCCAACCAGUUGUUGUUCAAAGUGCAAAGGGUCAAUUGGGGUUAGCAUGCCGUGUGUGGGUUGAGAAUAAAUUUUCAUUGGCCAGUUCGCUUGAAUGAAUGGGUUAUCACACCAUUUUGAUCUUUUUUUGCCCGCUUACUGAGGGAACCCGCCUUACUACAUAAAUACAGUCAAUCUUGUACUUUUCCCCACUCGUUUGUUACUACUCCCACUAUGCGUGCUUAUUACUACGACAACACCGAAUUGGACCAAAGAGAAGUCCAUGAUUCCGGAAAACCAGUAUCGGUCGACCAACUGAGUCAAGUUGGUGUCCUGUACUGGCGCAUUACGGGUGACAAUGCCAUUGAAGAAUUAGACAAGGUUGCUGCCGAACGUUCUUACAAGAACCGAGAUCAGAUUGUUGUCUCUCCUGAGGCCAUGGGUGAGAUUUACGAGACCAAGGUCAAGAGCUUCUUUGACGAGCAUCUCCACGAAGACGAAGAAAUUCGAUACAUCUUGGGUGGAAGCGGUUUCUUUGACGUUCGUAGCGAAGGCGACGAGUGGAUCCGCAUCGCAGUUGAGCAAGGUGACUUGCUUGUUCUUCCCGCAGGCAUCUACCAUCGAUUUACUACCGAUUCCAAGAACUACAUCAAGGCUAUGCGUCUUUUCAAGGAAGACCCCGUAUGGACUCCCAUUAACCGCCCUCUUGCAGACGAUAUCGAGAUCCGCCGUGAAUAUUUGAAGACUGUGUCUGCAAACUAAGCAUUGGACAUUAUCAAUAUUAUCUAGUCCAUAGGAUUCCCCUUGCCUUCUUUGCUAUAUUAUGUUACUUAAAAAGGCCAUUUUUUGAAUAAAACACUGCUGACAGUGUGAAGUAUAUAUUUUCGCCUUUU